UGAUGAGUCAUCAAUGUGCUACACAGUCCACAUGAUGGAGCAACUGGUUCAUUCAAUUUAUUAUUAGCUUGUAUGGAGCAACGACGACGUUCCCAUUCCGUAUAGGUAUAGGAUCUCUUAAAAUUAGCCAUCUCUCUGUCGUCCAGAACUCGUCUUCCACUUCACGACGAACUUCAUUAUUUUUCGCCAGAAACGUGUGAAGAUCAUCAAUAAGAAUGGAGAAGACAAAUUCGUGUGGGUUGGCGAGGACGAAAUCGGAGCAGCUAGUGGAGACGGUGGUGGCGGCGCUGAAGCCGGCGACGUCGAGCGAUUCGAUGAACGGGAUGAUGGAUAGUGGGGGAAGCGGAGGAACACUGUCGAGGAAGUCAAGUAGGAGGAUGUCGCCGGGAGGGAAAAACAGCCACAUAAGGAAGAGUAGGAGUGCUCAGAUAAAGGUGGAUUUGGAUGAAGUGGGCAGCGGCGCCGCCCUCAGCCGAGCUUCCAGCGCCAGCUUGGGCCUCUCCUUCUCCUUCACCGGCUUCACGCUCACUCCUGAUGAAAUCACUGACUCUAAGCCAUUCAGAGACCAAGACAUUCGAUUGCAUAUGUAUAUUGCAGCGGAGGAUAUUGAAGCGGGAACUUGCCACCUCAAGUUUCAAACGGAACCCACCUUGCCUAUUUUUCUCAAGUUCAAGGAUGUGAGCUACAAGGUGGUGAUCAAGGGCAUGACAACAAGUGAGGAGAAGGAUAUCUUAAAUGGGAUUACUGGUUCUGUGAAUCCAGGUGAAGUUUUGGCACUGAUGGGACCCUCAGGGAGUGGAAAGACUACCCUUUUGAAUCUUCUGGGAGGGCGAUUGAUUCAGUCCACUGCUGGAGGUUCUAUCACUUACAAUGACCAGCCAUAUAGCAAAUAUCUCAAAAGCAAGAUAGGGUUUGUGACUCAAGAUGAUGUUCUGUUUCCUCACCUCACUGUAAAAGAAACACUUACGUACUCAGCCCGUCUGCGACUCCCUGAUACAUUCACUAAGGACCAGAAGGAAAAACGAGCCUUGGAUGUCAUCUAUGAGCUUGGCUUAGAUAGAUGCAAAGACACUAUGAUCGGUGGCUCCUUUGUUCGUGGGGUAUCUGGAGGAGAGAGGAAAAGGGUUUGCAUUGGUAAUGAGAUUAUAAUCAAUCCUUCGCUUCUCUUUCUGGAUGAGCCAACUUCUGGUUUGGAUUCUACGACAGCCUUGAAGAUCGUUCAGAUGCUACAAGACAUAGCAGAGGCUGGUAAAACGGUGGUGACAACAAUUCACCAGCCAUCAAGCAGAUUAUUUCACAAAUUUGAUAAGUUGAUCCUACUGGGAAAAGGCAGCUUGCUUUACUUUGGCAAAGCAUCUGAAGCAAUGCCUUAUUUCCAAUCCAUAGGAUGCUCCCCUCUUAUUGCCAUGAACCCUGCAGAAUUUUUGCUAGACCUCGCAAAUGGAAACAUAAAUGAUGUUUCUGUACCUUCUGAGUUAGAGGAUAAAGUGCAGAUGGAAAAUGCAGAAGUCAAAACAAAGAAUGGGAAGCCAUCACCAGCGAUGGUACAAGAGUAUCUAGUACAAGCAUACAAGACUCGAGUUUCUGAAACAGAGAAGAGAAAGCUAAUGGUGCCCAUCCCUCUUGAUGAAUCACUGAAGUCUAAGGUUUGUUCUCCUAGAAGACAGUGGGGGACAAGGUGGUGUGAGCAGUAUUCCAUACUGUUUUGUAGAGGAGUAAAAGAACGGAGGCACGACUACUUCAGCUGGUUAAGAAUCACACAAGUUCUCUCUACUGCAGUCAUCUUAGGAUUACUCUGGUGGCAAUCAGAUGCUAACAAUCCAAAAGGUCUUCAAGACCAGGCAGGGUUACUUUUCUUCAUAGCGGUGUUCUGGGGAUUCUUUCCCGUGUUCACUGCAAUAUUCACAUUUCCUCAAGAGAGAGCAAUGUUGGCAAAGGAGAGGGCAGUUGACAUGUACAGGCUAAGUGCAUACUUUGUGGCUAGGACUACAAGUGAUGUUCCACUGGACUUAAUACUGCCAGUACUGUUCCUGCUGGUUGUUUAUUUCAUGGCCGGUCUGAGACUAAGUGCCGAGUCAUUUUUCUACAGCAUUCUCACUGUCUUCCUCUGCAUUGUGGCGGCUCAGGGGCUUGGACUCGCUAUUGGGGCCACACUAAUGGACUUGAAGAAAGCAACAACUCUGGCUUCAGUGACUGUGAUGACCUUCAUGCUGGCCGGAGGAUUUUUCGUAAAGGAAGUACCGAAAUUCAUAUCGUGGAUUCGGUACAUUUCGUUUAACUACCACACAUACAAACUUUUGCUCAAAGUGCAAUACGGAGGCCUCUCGAGAGGCAUAAAUGGGAUGAGAAUUGACGAUGGUUGGACAGAGGUCGGUGCUCUGAUAGCAAUGGUUUUUGGUUAUCGUUUAUUAGCCUACCUUUCGUUGCGGCGGAUGAAGCUUCCAUGCGGAGCUUAGAAGGAACGUCAUAGAUUGAGUUGCUAGGAUUUUCAUCAAAUAGGGUGAAAUGCCGAACGAACGUCAAUGAAGCUUCUGCUCUUUAGUUUUCUCAACAUAAUAUGUUUCUAUGGUGCUGAAACCUGAAAUCCCAAAAUAGCAAAUUAGAUGUCAGAGGCUGCAAAAUCUCAGACAAGCUUUUGCCUCGUCCAUGCCUCUGUAUAUAUCCGUACCUAUCAUUCCUAGUAAGUAUUAAAUCAACGAGAGGAUGCCAUGCCACAUUUAGCUACCUUUCCCGGCCUUGUAAAUGAAAAUUUUAUUAUUUCUA